AAAAUAUCUGCCUCCACCAUUCCAGAUAAACAUUUAAUUAAUCGAAUAAAAAAAAAAAUCAACAAACAAAAAACUCUUUCAAACUCCCCCAUUACACAAUUCCAGAACCUUCCACACCUUUCUGUAACUUUCUAUUCCCCCAUUAUAAUUUCACUUCUUCGCUUCCCUGAAAAUUCUCUAUUACAAUUACAAAAUUCUCUUGAAAUAUACUCUUCAAUUCUUGAAGUAUCUUCAAUUUCAAUGGCUUCAGAAUCAUCAUUAACAGAAAGUUUAAUGAGUUCAAGUAACAGAGAAGGCCUUUCAUUGUUUUUACCAUUCAUAUUAGCCAUAACGAACACUCGAAUUUCACCAUCUUCAAUUCAGGAUUCAUCCAACCCAGAAGAGGAAAUACGAGGAUCGACAACCCCAUCGGAUCAGUUUUCCGAUCGGAUAAUCCUGGUAAAUCCAGUGAGUCAAGGAAUGAUAGUAAUGGAAAUGGGAGCGUCAUCUCCGACGUUUGAUUCUAUUGUCAGUGAACUGAUCAAAGAAGGUCAGCCACCAGCUUCGAAAGCGUCAAUAGAGGAACUUCCAACUGUUGAUGUUCGUGAAGAGGAUGAAAAAGAUGAAUGUGUUGUGUGUUUGGAUGAGAUGGGAGUUGGUGAAGUAGUGAAGGAAAUGCCGUGUAAGCAUAGAUUUCAUGGAGAUUGCGUUGUAACGUGGUUAAAGAGUCAUGGAUCAUGUCCGAUUUGUAGGUAUAAGAUGCCGGAAGAAGAGAGUGAUUUGAAUGACGAGAAGGAAAAUGGAAGGCGAAGGAGGGAGAUUUGGAUGAGUUUUUCUGUUGGAAGUGAAAGGAGAAGUGCUAGUUCUAGUUCAGAAAAUGAUCAGCAUGUUGCACCAGAAGCAUAGUGGAUUUUUUUUAAAAUUCUUUAUAAAAGAAUUAGUUUUAAAGUUUUCAGUUUGUUCGUUUCAGAAUAAUAUUUGUACAGAGUAAUGUUAAUUGGUUUGAUGGUGAAAUGGAUUUUUAUUUUUCAUGUUCAA